AUGCCAACGCUCAGCCUCCUGGCCCUGCUGGCUGGCCUUCUGGCAACGUCUAAGGCCAGUUCAGUGCCCCUCGUGGACAUCGUGGGUGACAGGAAGGCUAAGUGCAGGAGCUCCACGAUCUUGGCCUCCAUUCAGCAUGAGGGGCAUCAUUUCUGCGGGGGCCCCCUGGUUCAUCAGCGCUUUGUGUCAACAGUGGCCAACUUCUUCCAGAGCCAGAACCCCGGAAGCUCCAUGGUGCUGGGGGCCUAUGACCUGAGGCGGCGGGAGAAUUCCAGGCAGAGGUUCUCCAUCAGGAGCAUCAGCGAGAAUGGCUACGACCCCCAGGAGUAUCUGAAUGACCUGCUUCUCCUGCAGCUGGAUGGUGAGGCCAACCUCACCAGCAGCGUGACAUUGGUACUGCAGCCCCAGCAGAAUGACAUGGUGGAAGCCAGCACCAACUGCAAGGUGGCAGGCUGUGGGACCCAACAGCAUAGGGAACCCCUGUCCUACUUCCCAAAGGUGCUCAAUGUCACUGUGACCCCCUCGGACCAGUGUUGCCCCAACAAUGUGUGCACUGGCAUCCUCACCUGCCGGGGUGCCAUCUGACAGGGUGAUGGGGGCACCCCCCUCGUCUGUAACGGCCUGGCACAUGGCAUGGUCUCCUUCUCCAUGGCGCCCUUCGGGGGCUCCAACUUCUUCACCUGCAUGGCACUCUUCCAAAAUUGGAUUGGUUUUAUUCUGAACCCCUCACCCACCAAGCCCAUGGGGGCCUGUGACCCCCAUCUCCGACCCCCACCCCACCCCCGACUUGUGUGGUUGUGA